UUAAAUCGUUAGUAGAUGAUUAAAUUAGCUUAACUUGUCCAACAUAUGUGAAAAUCAUAGGGUGCAUAACCGUUGCAUACCAGAUCUUAGCCAUUGAUUUUAAGUGGGGUCUUAUUUAUUCAAAAAAAAAAAAAAUUGCACAGAUGUAAUGAGUUCAUAGUGAUCUACAAAAUUAUUCAUUUUCAAUAUAUUUCAAUAAUUUUUUCCGUAUCACUCGUUAGCGCCCUCGUACCAUCUUCAUGUUUAGCUCAAAUUUUAAAGAGUUUUUUUCCAGAAGAAACGAGUACAUCGUGAUCUAUUGGAUCUACAAACUUAUGGGGAGGGGGGAUUUCAAAACCAAAUAUAUCAUCAAAACUAUCCUGGUAUAUAUAGGAUGGCAACUAGUUGUAGACGGUGAUCAUGAAAAAGUGGUAGAUGGUCAUUAGCUUAUCCAUACUAUCAUGUAUACAACCAUUCUACACUCUCGCAAAUUCAUACCACCAUGGUACACUUUCAUACCAUGUGGUUUAAUCUUGUGUACUACCAACCAUUAUCACAUUGUAUGUAGUGGCUUAGUCAGGAUUUUGUUUAAGAUGGUGGGUGUGGUGAAAAAAAAUUAUAUAGUCAGGAUGAAAUUAUAUAUGAAAAAGUCCAAACGGUAAAUAGUGUGACCUCAAUGUAGAUCAUUCACAACUUACUCAAUUGACAUUGAAGUACUUUUUCACGUUCAUAGUGGAAAAAUAUUCUUAUAAGACUUCUAUUGAUUGGUAGUAGCACUAACAACACUAAUUUUAUAGGUCGAUACCAAUUAUAGAUGUAUAUGAAUAUAUAUAUAAAUAAGAUUUAGAUCAUAAAAAUAAAUAUAGUUUAGUGAUACAUAGUUUUUUGAUAAAAAGAAAAUUUUAUGAAUUCAACCACACCACCCCAUAUCGUUAUUUUUCGGUGGUGUCGUAUGUGAGAGCAAAUGUGGUGCCAAGAACCCACCUUGGGAAGAGGUGGUUCUUUUUUUUCCUGUAAUUAUCAGCAAGAGGUGGUCCCGCCACUGAUGGUAUGAACUGGCAAUAAAUAUCUCAAUUUUUUUCUCAAAAUAUAUCAAAGUGAAUUUUAAAAAACAUAAAUUAAUCUAAUUUUUCUCUGCAAAUAUAUUUAAAUUAUGAUUUAAAAAAUAGAAAAUAACCCAUUAAAAUUAAUUGGAAGAAAAAUUAGAGAUAUUCCAUAAUGAGUACGUGUACGAUUAUGCAUAAUUUUGCAUGACAAAGUUUUGCACCGCUUCCAGCUUAACUUAGCUAUAUGUAGGGAAUCUAGGGAUGGGCAAUGGGCGGGUCAACCACUAGACCCUCCCGAACCCACGAGAUUAUAAUCCACCCAUUACAUGUUUGGGUGGAUAUGGUGAGUAGGUGGGUGUGGGUCAUCGUUUUUAUCACCCACUAAACUUGGGUGGAUGGCGGGUGAGUAAUGAGUGGGUAGUGGGUGAGUCAUUUCUUGCAAAAUCACAUGAUAUAUUAAGUCGUUAAUGCAUAUUCUAUAAUGGAACACUAUAUUUUCUUAUAUCAAAACUUCAAUCGCAAUUGAUUCAAUUAAAUUUCAAUCAUUUUGUAUAAAUUUUACUUGAUUUACAACAUGUAAUCGAUCAUUUUAAAAUAUGAUAACUAUCGACAAAAUAUUUUGUGUUCGCAUGUGAGAUAAUUGGUGUUAGAUUAUCCAAUAAAGUAUGUUUAAUAGCUCUCAAUUUUGUUGAUUCCUAGUAUUGAUAUUCAAUUAGUUUAAUACAAACUUUUAUGGCUCAUAAUUGUCUAAUUAUUUAAAAAUAAUUUGACCCACCAAAACCGUCAAACACACCCACCAUCAGCCGUCACCCACCCAACCCACCCACAACAAUACAAAUGGCAUGGGUGGGUGUAAGUCAUAUUUUCAUCACCCACCAUAACAAUAGGUAAGUGGAUUUUGCCCAAAAACCGACCCAACCCACCCAUUGCCCAUCCCUAGCUAUAGCUAUAUGUACAGUUUUCCAUUUUUUAUUUUAUGAAUCUGUUAAUUGAUUAUAGUAAGUAAUCAUCCAAUUCGCAUGCAUGUAACCAACAUGAUGGAAAGAAUGAGAAAACCCGCCGGCAAACCCCAUUACACGCGUAUCGACCACGUCCAGUAGGAAGAAGAAUAAAAUUAUAUAUAUAGUGACUACUAAUUAAUGAUGACAGUAAUAAUGAAAGACGACCGGUUGCCCAUCAAACGAGCAAGCGUUUGAUCAAUACAAAUUAAGAAUAGUCCGCAAUUAUUUUAACGUUAGCUUUCGAAAAUAGUUGGGAUUAAGGAAGGGAGUUUGUAUUAUUACAUAGUGUCUAAAAUAGAACAAAAAAUGAGAUGCAACCUAAUGAAAAAUAUUUUUACUAUAAUAGUGUCCAUGAAUUACACAGACUAUUACUUAUAUAUUUUUUAAAAUUAUACACAAACUAUUAUCAAGGAUAGGAUAUACUUUUUUUUCAAAUUUUAGGGGGUGUCCCAUCCCAAACUACCAAUUAUAUAUUUUUUAUCUACACAAAACUGCUAGCGAGUGUUGGAUAUCGUUUAAUCAAAAUUUUUAGAGGUAUAUUCGCCCAUGUCUAUGAGCUAUAAGUCGAGGAAAAAGAGUGUAGGCGUUCAAAUAAUGUUAUGCUCAUAGUAACAUACAUGAUACGUUCUCAAUAUGGUACAUUAGUCAACUUUUGUUAUCAUUUUAUCAACAUUUUCCAUAAACGGUAUAUGUCAUAUUCUGCACGGGCUCGAAUAUCACAUAUUAUAGAUUAAAAAGUCUUCGCUUUUUCCGGACGAUAUAUAGGUCUCCCCUAGGUGAAGUAACUGUAUAAAAAAAAGAAAAAUUUGUUCGAAAAUUAAUCAAUGUUCGAUUGUUAAUUAUAAUCCGUCAUGCUAGUUAAGAUGUUGAAAUUUUUUUUAUUAAGAGAGAUUAUUAGCAGUAAAGUUUGAAAAAGUUAGAUAAAUGUUAUUAUCUUCUAUUUUGCAGUAUUAAUAUUUCAGUACUUUAGUCUUUAGUGGAGUGUAAUUUAAUAUUCAAUUGUAACUGUGACAAAAGAAUGGAGAAAUUAUGAAACAUUUUAUUAUCAUGACCAAACCGCCAUUAACAUCCCAUCAGACAGACGACGAGACGACGACACGGUCAUCCAACCUGCUUUCCAAAUCUGUUGAAAUACCGCUCCGCAUCCUCCCAUCACCCGCCCACGCGGCAGUCCUCACAAUCAACCGUUUCCUCCCUCCUUACUUUCUGAUUUUUAUCAACCAUGGCGGCAACAACCGCCGGAGCUCGUUUCUCCUUCUCCCACAUGGUCCGUUGCUGCGCCGCGACGCCGGCUCCGGCAGACAAGUUGAAGCUGAAUCCAGUCCAGCUCCAGCUCCAGCACCCCACCCGCCGCCUCUUCGCCGUCUCCUCCUCUCAGCAGGCAUCCACCUCCGCCGGCGAAGCGAUAAGCUUUCCUCUCCCGCUCCAGGGAGAAGGAAUGGGAACGGAAUGGGAACUAGAUGCGACGGCGACAGCUAAUCAGGAGAAGGAAGAUGAGCAGAUCGACAACCCCUAUGCUGCUGCUGUUCGGAUGCCGCAAGCAGCAAUGCAGCUGGGGAAGACGGUGAAGGAUUACUUCGUGGAGGCCAAGGGUUUGAUUCAAUCGACGGCUCGCGACGGUGGUGGUCAUCAUCCGCGCUGGAUUUCGCCGGCGGAGGACGGCUGUGGCUCUCCGCCGCCCGAUUCUCCUCUCUUCCUCUAUCUCCCUGGAAUUGAUGGCGUCGGCCUGGGACUCAUUAGGCAGCACCAUAAUCUCUGCAAGCUGUUCAAUGUUUCAUGCUUGCAUAUUCCGGCCAAGGAUAGGACGUCGUUUAGAGGAUUGGUACAGUUAGUUGAGAAAACUGUUGGAGCAGAAUAUGGCCGUUCGCCAAGAAGACCCAUUUACAUCUGUGGAGAAUCUCUUGGAGCUUGCAUUGCACUAGCUGUUGCAGCUCGGAAUCCUGAGAUUGAUCUUGUGCUUAUUCUGGCUAAUCCAGGAACUUCAUUUGAGAAGUCACAGCUGCAAUCCCUGAUGCCGCUCUUGGAUCUCUUGCCUGACAACUUUCACCUCAAUGUCCCGUUUAUGCUCGGCUUGAUGACGGGCGAUCCUGUGAAGACAUUCAUGGAUAAUGUAGUCAGAGGAAUCCCUCUGCCACAAGCAACUGGAGGGCUAACAGUGGAUGUUCUUGCUAUGUCGUCUCACCUCUCUAUUCUGUCUGAAAUUUUACCGAAGGAGACACUUAUGUGGAAGUUACAGUUGCUUGAAACGGCUUCAUCCUAUGCCAAUGCACGCCUUCAAGCUGUAAAGGCUCAAAUCCUGAUCCUCUCUAGUGGAAAGGAUCAGCUGCUUCCAAGCAACGAGGAAAGCCAAAGACUACGUGCAGCGUUGCCAAAAAGCGUAAUCAGAGCAUUUGAUAACAAUGGGCAUUUCCUUUUCUUGGAAGAUGGUGUAGAUCUGGUGACAACCCUCAAGGGUUCACUAUUCUACCGCCGUCGUAAACACCGUGAUUUCGUGUCUGAUUACAUACCACCAACUCCUCUUGAAUUCAAGAAUAUAGACGCAAAAUACAGAGAGCUGGAAGUUGCUACGAGCCCCGUGCUGUUCUCAACUUUACAAGACGGGACAAUCGUGAAGGGACUUUCAGGAAUUCCUUCAGAAGGACCAGUGUUGAUAGUCGGAUACCACAUGUUACUCGGAGUUGAACUAUCCCCAAUGGUAACCCGAAUCUUGAAGGAACGGAACAUUCUGGUCAGAGGAAUAGCUCAUCCUAUGAUGUUCUCGAGAGUGAAGGAAGGGAGGAUGCCUCCUUUAUCAUCUUUCGAUGAUUUCAGAGUGAUGGGCGCAGUUCCCGUCUCUGGUCCUGUUUUGUUCAAGCUCCUCUCUUCCAAGGCUCAUGUGCUGUUGUACCCGGGAGGCAUGCGGGAAGCCUGUCACAGAAAGGGCGAGGAGUAUCAAUUGCAUUGGCCAGAACAGUCUGAGUUUGUGAGAAUGGCAGCUAGAUUUGGAGCUAAGAUAGUGCCGUUUGGUGUUGUUGGAGAGGAUGACUACGGUGAAGUGGUGUUCGAUUACGAAGAUCAAAUGAAGAUUCCAUUGUUCCGUUAUAUCAUAGAAAGCACAACGGAGGAGAUACCUCAAGUGAGGACUGACGCAGGGGGAGAGCUAGCACUGCAAGGAGUGCACUUUCCAGUGUUCAGACCGAAGCUCCCCGGCAGGUUCUAUUACCUCUUCGGGAAGCCAAUCGAAACCCAAGGAAGGGAAGAAGAGCUAAGCAAGGACAGGGAGAAAGCUAACGAGGUGUACAUGGAAGUGAAGCAAGAAGUGUAUAAUUGCAUAGAUUACUUGAAAGAGAAGAGAGAAAGCGAUCCUUACAGGAACGUGGUGGCUCGCAUGGCUUACCAAGCCAUCCAUGGCCUUGAUGCUCCCGUCCCGACGUUCGAGCUCUGAUGCUCCCCAUCUGGCGAUCAUUGAUGCGAUUGUCUGGUUCCGGUGAAGGGAAAAGUGAUUGGCUUGGUUGAUAUGUAUGAUGAUAUUAUUGAUUUACGCACAAAAAACCACACACACAGACACACGAUAGUUUAAAAAGAAAUGUGGGAGAAGCAGAGAAUAUAAUUAGUAUUGAUGUGAUUUAGUCCCAUGCAGGAAAGGAAGGAAGCGAAAAAUGUAUUAUUAGAUUUAUCCAGCAUAAUGUAUACUGCAAUACACACCAUUGUAAUUGGGAAAGCAUUGUGGAUUUAUUAAGAGUGUAAGCUAUUCACGUAAAUAGAAAUUCGGACUUUUCUCUCUAAUAAUUUGUAUUGGCUAUAUUUUAUUGAAUUAAAUUUGGAUUCUAAAUUUAUCUAUAAAUAUAAAAAUGUGUUGCAUUGAUCAUAAUCUACACAAUGACAUUCAUGUUGAUAUACUUGAAAGUUAAAAAUUUAAUUUUACAAUGGUGUGAAUGAAUAAUAAUAAUAUGCAUGAAUAAACAUCAAGUUGCGAAAUUAUCAAUACACUUACAUGAAUAAUGCAAAUAUGACUUGAAUAGGCUGAGAUUUACGUUAAUAAAUAACAAAAAAACGCGUAAAUUAGAUGUCUAGAGAUGACAAGAAACUUGAUUGUUUCAAUAUUUUGCCGUUUAUGGUAGGCGUGAGAGAAUGAGGAGUUGGGGGUGAGGCCAACAGCUGGCCUGCUGCCCGCCUUGUUCAGGUUAGCUCCCUUCUCUGCCCGCAUGCAGCAGCAGCAGCAGCAGCAGCAAACAAACUCUG